AUGACAAGAUUUUUAUCUCUUUUACUCGCUAUUCGUCAUGAAAUUCUUAUCAUGUAUUAUGCAACUAUUUCUGACUGGAUGACGACUAUAAUUCCUCCAAUGCUAAUGGCUAUUGGUACAUUUUACAUGCGUGUCUUUGGUUCUAUUGCCACUUACAAUGACGAACCUCUCGAGAUUAAUCAAAUAACCUCAGUGGAAGAAGAUCGAAUAAAUAAACCAUUUCGUCCAAUCCCCUCUGGUCUUAUAACUGUCAAUGGCGCCAGAUAUCGUCUAGUUGCUAUCAGCAUUAUCUUUCCAAUUAUAGCAUACAUAUUUGGUGGUCUAUCAUUGGUUUUUUUAUGUUUUCUGUAUCAAGCUUGGGUUAUCUUUAAUGAGGCGCUCAAGCUAAGCAAAAAUGCAUUUUAUAAAAAUUUAUUUUCAGCCUUUUCCGCUUGUAUUCAACUUGUCAGCUGCCAUUAUAUCAUCAUUGGUACUAAACUUAGCAUAUUUGAAUUAUUAAAUAGUGAGCUAGGUAUGUUUAUGUUGGGUAUUUUCUUUUUCGCAAUGACUACAGCUCAUGUUCAAGAUUUUAGAGAUCAGAAGGGUGAUAAGUUUAUUGGUCGUAAGACAUUCCCCCUUCUUAUAGGUGAUAAUAUUUGCAGAUGGUUUACAAUUUUAAUGUUAAUUAUAUCAUUACUCGUUAUAUGCCAUAUUUCAAAUAAUUUUUUACGGGUUAUAAUUGAAAAAAAGUUUGAAGGUGGUGAUAAUGAUGGUCUUGCACUGCAUGAAUUUAGCAUUAUUGAAUUAAUUCUUAUAGUUUUAAAUGCUGCCUCCUGCUUGGAUAUGAUUGAUAGUAUGAAGGGGAAACGUGAAUUUGUAGUAGUGUUGUAG